AUGGCCACGCCGGUCGGCGCCGCUGAUGCGGCAGCUCCGGCUGCGGCCAACGGGGCCGCGGGAGCCCCCGCCAAUCCCGGUUCCACCCCAGCGGAACCCAAGAAGCCCUGGUACAAGCUCAACGCCAAGACGUUGUUGACGAUACGCAACUUUUUUAAAAUCUUCCACUAUGGAACAUUACUCGAUAAGUUCAUCAUAGUAGGGUCCAUCUUUGGUGCCAUUGGUGCUGGCCUUACUAUGCCGGUGAUGAACAUUGUCUUUGGACAACUCGUCGGCACCUUUACCGGGUUCUUCAUGCAAGGGACAUCAGAGACACAAGACGACUUUGAGAAGGCAGUCAACCAAGGAGUAUUAUACAUCGUCUAUCUCUUCAUCGCCAGACUCAUCCUGACGUACCUCUCCAAUCUCGGCUUCCGCAUGACGAGUCUUCGCAUCUCAGCGAAGAUCCGCUUGCAUUAUCUGCGAUGCCUGUUCGGUCUCCCAAUCUCAAUGCUGGACAUGCUGGCGCCUGGUCAGACAGCCGCCAUCAUCACCAUCACGGCCAGCAUUUUGCAGCUGGGUAUUUCCGAGAAGAUGGGACAGUUCUUCUCCAGUCUUGCUGUCGUUAUCGCUGGUUUCACCAUUGCCUUCGCCUACAACUGGCUUCUCACGCUCACGACGAGCUCCGGACUGGUUUUCAUCGCCAUCGUCUACGCCAUCACCACGCCGCCAAUCAUCAAGAGGCUGAAGGAUGUCCAGGACAUGGAUAUUCAGGCCGCCUCCGUCGCGACCGAGGCGUUCAGCUCAAUUCGAAUGCUCGCUGCGUGUGGCGCCGAGUUCAAGCUACUUGCGAAGUACGGACUCUUGGCGGAUCAAUCAAGGAAGAGGGGUGCUGGCAUGGCUUGGCUCAUUGCUAUUCAGCAAGGAUUAAUUUUUUUCGCCAUCUACGCAACCUUUGCCCUGUCAUUUUGGUACGCUUUCCAGAUGUACACCAUGAUGGCUCUGACGACUCCCACAUCCUUGAUCGUUGUUCUGCUUUGCAUCAUGAUGAUGGCAUCCUCCUUAGGUCAGAUUACCGCGCCACUUCAGUCGGCAUCGCAGGCCGCCGAUGCCAACGCCAUCUUCCACACCAUCAUCGACGCUCCCAAGGCCACGUACGGGACGCUCAAGGCGCCCGAAGUCUCAGCCGCCGAAGAUAUUGUCUUCCAGGCUGUCAACUUCGUGUACCCUAAGCGUCCCGAUGUCAAGAUUCUGGACAACCUGUUCCUCAAGUUCCCAGCCGGUAAAGUCACUGCUAUUGUGGGUCCCUCGGGGUCCGGAAAGAGUACAAUCGUCGGAAUCUUGGAGAGAUGGUACGAAUUCAAUGGUGACAUGCAAACCAACCAGCUGGUUCUCUGGCUCCGCAACGGUAUCAUCAGUGUCGGCGGCCGGUUACUGAGCGAGAUCGAUCCCAAGUGGUGGCGUAGCCAAAUCGGCUUGGUCCAGCAAGACAACGCCCUCUUCAACACCACCAUUUUCAAGAAUGUCGAAUACGGUCUCAUCGGAACAGAGUGGGAGCACAAGUCCCAGGCAGUCAAGGCAAGGUUGAUCGAGGAGGCAUGCAAGGAUGCCUACGCCGACGAAUUCAUCUCACGCUUGCCCGAGGGAUACCAAACCGAAGUCGGCGAUGCCGGUAUUAAGCUUAGUGGUGGCCAGCGCCAGCGUCUCGCAAUUGCCCGUGCCAUCGUCAAACAGCCCAAGAUCCUCAUCCUCGACGAGGCCACCUCCGCCAUCGAUGUCCGCAGCGAACAAAUCGUGCAGGCCGCUCUCGACCGCGCAUGUAAGGGACGCACAACCAUCAUUAUUGCCCAUCGCCUCGGAACCAUCAAAAAGGCCGACAGCAUCAUCCUUCUUCGCAAGGGCCAGGUCGUCCAACAGGGUACGCACGAGGAGCUCAUGGCCCAAGUCGACGGUCCCUAUUUCCUGCUGGCCACUGCACAGAAGCUUGACAUGGGAGUCGAGGAGGAAGAGGACGUUCUGUUUGGCGACCUCAGCUGGAGACGGCCUGAGCCUGAGCGUCUUUCUGUUCACAAGUCGCUUCAGGGUGGUAGCAGUACCGGCGAUCUCACUGAGAAGCGACCCAGCAGCGAGGGUACUUCCACUGGCAUGCUCCAGCAUCUUCACGAGAUCAAUGGUUCCGAUGAGGAACUCGAGCGCAUCGAAGCCGGUAGCUUGAGGGUUGUCAAGGAGCCGAGAGGAUGCUUGGGUCGAUGGAAGGCUUUCCACAUGUUCGGAAGUUUUGGUCAGUUGCUCGGUGAGCAGAAGAAGAGAUGGAAGACCUACAUCAUCAUCGCGUUUGCAGCACUCGGUGCUGGAGCGAGUACACCCGUCCAAGCCUACCUGUUUGCGGUUCUGGUCUCACUAUUCUCAUACUGGGGCAACUUCCUGAGGGUCAUCGCCAACCAUUGGUGUGAAAUGUUCAUGUACCUUGCCACGGGCGUGGGAAUCAGUCAUUUCCUGCUUGGCUGGGCUACCACCACCAUCGGAUUCGGUAUCGUCCGCGUAUACCGCAAGGAGUACUUCCGCAACAUCAUCUACAAGCCUUCAUCAUUCUUCGAUGCCGAGGGCAACUCCGCCGGUUCCCUGACCGCCCGCCUCGCCACCGAUCCCACCAUGCUCCAGCAGCUGCUGGGAACAAACAUGGCCUUCGUUCUCAUCUCGCUCUUCAACGUCAUCGGCUGCGUCGUCGUCGGUCUCGUCUUUGGCUGGAAGCUGACCCUCGUCGCCCUCGGCACAUCCAUGCCUAUUAUUGUGGCAGCCAUGUUCUACCGUGUGAGGCAUGAGACCAGCUUUGAGACUGCCAAUAAUGCUGUCUUCGCCGAGAGCGCCAAGUUUGCGUCUGAGAGUAUCAGCGCGAUUCGCACCGUUUCUAGUCUUACGAUGGAGGAAGGAAUCUGCGACCGCUACGAUACGUUGCUCAGUGAUCAUAUCAAGGACGCUUUCCGCAAAUCUCGCUUUUCUGUCAUGGUCUUUUCUUUCAGCGAUAGUAUUUCGUUGCUCUGCAUGGCUUUCGUGCUUUGGUACGGUGGCAAGCUGCUUUCUAGGCACGAGUACACGCCCUUCCAGUACAUGGUCGUCUACAUUGCAGUAGUUCAAGGUGGCAUGAGCGCCGGUCAAUGGCUCAGCUUUGGUCCCAACAUCGCAAAAGCAAAGACCGCAGCCGACCGCAUUCUAGCUCUCCGCGAGAACGAAGACGACGACAACCAACCCCAAAAGGGCGUCAGCGACAUCGUCCCUUACGAAGUCCACUACGAAAAGGGCGUCGAGAUCGAAUUCAAGGAUGUCUGGUUCAGCUACCCCACCAGAACGCUCCCCGUCCUCAAGGGCCUAGACCUGAGAAUCGAGCGAGGCCAGUUCGCCGCCAUCGUCGGUCCCUCGGGCUCCGGCAAGACAACAAUCAUCUCCCUCCUCGAGCGCUUCUACACCCUCCAGGCCGGCGGCGAGAUCCUCUACAACGGACACGACAUCAAGACGCUGGACCUCGUAAACUACCGCAAGAACAUCUCGCUCGUCUCCCAGGAGCCCAAUCUCUUCACUGGUUCGAUUCGUGAGAACAUCUUGCUCGGUAUUGAGGAUGAAGAUGCUGUGUCGGACGAGGCUGUCCACGCCGCGGCGCGCGACGCAGGUAUCCACGACUUCAUCAUCUCGUUACCCGAGGGCUACAACACCCAGGUCGGCAACGCGGGCGUGACACUCUCCGGAGGCCAGAAGCAGCGUGUAUCUAUCGCGAGAGCGCUCAUCCGUCGGCCGUCACUGUUGUUGCUCGACGAGGCGACGAGUGCGCUCGACAGCGAGACGGAACGCGGCGUCCAGGCCGUGUUUGACGCCACCAAGGGUAGCCGGACGAUGAUCAUGGUCGCUCACAGGCUUGCGACUGUGCAGAAUGCCGAUGUCAUCUUCGUCAUGCAGGACGGUAAAGUCGUUGAGCGGGGUGAUCACGCGAGUUUGAUUGCCGAGAAGGGCAUUUACUUCCAGAUGUGUCAAUCACAAGCAUUGGAUAAAUAA